AUGGGAGUGCUGUGGUGUGCUAAAGAUCCGCUCCUGUGGGGUGUGACAGGAAAUACUGGCCAAACUGGGAAGCCAGGCCCGUCUGGUCGGGGAAUUCAAGGGCCAAAAGGUGACCCAGGUCCAGUAGGACCAUCUGGACCAGUCGGGGACCCAGGAAUUGGAAUACCUGGACCAAAGGGUGAAAGAGGAUUGCCUGGACCUCCAGGACCAAUUGGACCAAAAGGGGACGGCUAUCCUGGCAUUCAGGGACCACCUGGAUUACCAGGGCUUCCAGGAGAAGCAGGCCCUGAAGGAAAAGGGCUGCCUGGUUCAAAGGGAGACCGAGGAUUACCAGGCUUUCCAGGACCAGCUGGACUCCAUGGAAUUGGAGCUGUCGGACCUAAGGGAUCUGUUGGUCAGGCUGGUCCACCAGGACCCCCAGGUUUACCUGGAGAGGAUAUACAAGGACCCAAG